GUAAUGUUAACGGGGAACAUGGCUGCAUGUGGUAGUGUCAUGUAAAUGCAUCAUACUGCUCAUUACAGACAUUCAGUUUUAUAGUAUUUAUUUCAUUUUAUAUUCCUCAUGUAAUGUUAAUCAGGAGCUAACAUGGCUGCCAUAGAAUGUUGAAGUGGCAUGUAAAUGCAUCGUAAUGCAGAAACCUUUUCAAACGGUACUGUUUUUGGUACGGUAGCUACUCAGUCAGCCACAGGCAGAAGGGCUGUACAGGGAAAGGGAGGGCUGACGGCGAGGCAAAGUGGGGAGAGAGGAGAGGAAGAACUUGGGGCCUGACCACCACAUCUUUUCAUGCGAACUCGGGGCCUGACCACCACAUCUUUUCAUGCGAGGAAACUGCACUGUCAAAAACUCCUGUUUUUGGUCAUCCGAAAACGACUCUGGCCCGGGCCCCAGUCCGCGGUCUUGAGUUAGAUAGCGGAGUGUUAUUGAAGCACGUCUAUCGGUGUCCCAGCACGUCUUUUCCACCAAGGAGGUAAUAAUGGGUGACAGCAGAGGGUUGCAACUGCCAUACUCUGCCAUACCCAAUUGACACCCCUGGGCAUGACCCUUGUAAUAGAUUCCCGCAGCCCAGACAGCUCCUCUGUGUCCUCCCCUCCCUCGGGCCAGCGCUCGCCACCCCUGACCCCCACAGCUGCUGCCAUGACCUCUCUGCCGCCCGUCACUUCGGCCGUCAACAGCCCCAUCAGCAGCAUGGGCUCGCCCUUUUCUGUCAUCAGCUCCUCCCUGGGGUCACCCUGCCUUCCCGGGACACCCUCGGUGGGCUACGGCCCCAUCAGCAGCCCCCAGAUCAACUCCACAGUGUCCAUGUCGGGGCUGCACGCGGUCAGUAGCUCGGAUGACGUGAAGCCUCCGUUCGGACUGGGAGGCCACAGCCCAGGGGGCCCCAUGCUCUCCCAAAAGCGCCUGUGUGCCAUCUGUGGUGACCGCUCCUCCGGUAAGCACUACGGAGUGCACAGCUGCGAGGGCUGCAAGGGUUUCUUCAAGCGCACGGUGCGCAAGGACCUGAGCUACACCUGCCGGGACAACAAGGACUGCCUGGUGGACAAGCGCCAGCGCAACCGCUGCCAGUACUGCCGCUACCAGAAGUGCCUGGCCUGUGGCAUGAAGAGGGAAGUGGUCCAAGAUGAACGACAGAGAUCCGUGCAGGAGGAGCGCCAGAGGAACAAGGAGCGGGAGAGCGAGGUGGAGUCGACCAGUGCCAUCAACGAGGAGAUGCCAGUGGAAAAGAUCCUAGAGGCAGAGAUGGCCGUGGAACAGAAGACCGAGCUGCAUGCCGAUGGGAGCUCCGGGGACAGCUCGGUAAAUCCCAACGACCCGGUCACCAACAUCUGCCAGGCUGCAGACAAGCAGCUGUUUACCCUGGUGGAGUGGGCCAAGAGGGUCCCCCACUUCUCUGAGCUGGCCCUGGACGACCAGGUCAUCCUGCUACGUGCCGGUUGGAACGAGCUGCUGAUCGCUUCCUUCUCUCACCGCUCCAUCAGUGUGAAGGACGGCAUCCUAUUGGCCACCGGCCUACACGUGCACAGGAACAGUGCCCACAGUGCCGGCGUGGGAGCCAUCUUCGACAGGGAGAGUGCGCACAAUGCAGAGGUUGGAGCCAUAUUUGACAGAGUUCUCACGGAGCUGGUCAGUAAGAUGAGAGACAUGCAGAUGGACAAGACGGAGCUCGGCUGCCUUCGAGCCAUCAUCCUCUUCAACCCAGAUGCCAAGGGCCUGUCCAGCCCCAGUGAAGUGGAAUUGCUGAGGGAGAAGGUGUACGCAUCGCUAGAGUCCUAUUGUAAACAGAGAUACCCCGACCAGCAGGGCAGGUUCGCUAAGCUCCUCCUCCGGCUGCCAGCGCUGCGCUCCAUCGGCCUGAAGUGCCUGGAGCACCUGUUUUUCUUCAAGCUGAUUGGCGACACCCCUAUCGACACGUUCCUCAUGGAGAUGCUAGAGGCGCCCCACCAGCUGACCUAAGAACCAGGUUCUGCCCUGGUCCAUUUUGCACCAGGGGUUCUAGUUCUGGCACCCUGGUUCUAGGGCUUCACCAUGUCUGCUGGCUUUUAUGUCCCGCUCACACCAACCCCCCCCAUACCCCCCCCCCGUAUGCUGUCAAACACACACAUAAUCAAAUACUUUUUCACAGUAGGGGUUAAGACGCAUUGAAAUAUAUCCUUUUUAACUGCAUAUACAAGUUUUAUCAUGAGUUAGCCUUCAGCUUUGAGUGUACACGCUUCCGCGAAUCAAGGUAGACCUCUCAGCUUCUUGUGGGGUUCGUAGGUUAUUCAGAUACAUUGCUGUGCGCAUAGAUAUGACGAGUGGCUUACUCUGUCUUAGGCUUUACUCUUGGGUUUAACCCAAACACGUCAUGAUCAGGUGCGUAAUAUUUCAAUCAACUGUCACCCAACUUCUAUUGAUCGGGACACAGCCAAUAGAGGCAGACACGCCCCUCUGUGUUCACCAAUCCGAAUGGGAUUUGAAUACUAUGCUUUAUUCAUGCUUAAAUGCUCUGAAUUCAUUCUGAAGUACUGUACUCUUAAAAUGACACCUUUUUUAAGGCAUUGAAAUCCAAGGAGGGGGCACUUUGGUUGGCCCUUAAAGUUCACACCAGGCUUUCAAAGAGAGAAACUGAAUUGUAAGAUGUGUUCUUUAUUGCAUUUUGCUGUUUGUUCUCUUUAAGUCCAAACAAGGGCCAUUGGGCACAGGAAGUGCAACCUUGUUCAAGUGCACUGCGUUCAUUGGUGCUGUUGUAGAUGUUUCUUUUGUUUGACACCCUCUACUUUGCUAAUGGUCAUUUUUGCACUCUGUGAAACAUUACUGUGUAAGUAAACAUUUGCUGCAGAAACCUAUCUUGCCCAUCUUUAAGAAACUGGGGCAACCACAAAGAAUCUCUCCAGCUCUCAUCAUGUCUUCUGAAGAGCCACGGUGUUAAUGGCCGUGCUUCGUUCUGUGAAAUGGCCAUCCGGUCUAAGAAAGACUUGAUAUCAUUCGAUAACUUGUUCCAGUGGCCUACUGUACCCCUACAAUUCCCCUUCUGAAUCCCCCGUUUGUGUCAUUCAAGUGCUUGCAGCCUCUUUCCGUUAACUUUUUAACAAUAUGUAAAUACGAUGACACAUCUACUCCUUCACUAGAGCACGACUGGGCAAUCCCAACAUGUGCAUACAGUAAUAAUAAUAAUAAUAUAUGCCAUUUAGCAGACGCUUUUAUCCAAAGCGACUUACAGUCAUGUGUGCAUACAUUCUACGUAUGGGUGGUCCCGGGGAUCGAACCCACUACCCUGGCGUUACAAGCGCCAUGCUCUACCAACUGAGCUACAGAAGGACCAGUAGGGAAAACACAGGGGUUAGCAAGCAUGUUAGCACACAACAAAAAGUAUUCCCCGAUAGCAAUAUGAACAGAUAUUGUACACUUCCAAUAUGUACUGUAAAAAACAAAUAUAUAUAUAUAAUCGUAAAGGGUUUUCCCCAUAGACUGGAUCUUAAGCUUGAAAGACCCACCUCGUUGUGACUGACUAUUAAGUCUAGUUGUUGUGCUAGUAGUUUCGUCACUCGUGACACGAAUGGUAUUCUAAAGGGCUGCUGUGUCACGGGCAGGGUGAUAGACCCCACGCCCUUAGCCUGCCCAGCCUGUGACAAUACUUUGUGUUUUAUUGUGGAGCUGAUUGGUUGGCUUCAGCCGAUGACCCUGACCCAUCUACCGCGAUUCUAUUGUGUGGUCUGCUUACACAAACCUACACAAUAGGGGCCGAUUCAGCUCCCUCAUAACAGAACUAGCUGUCAACACAUUACAAACUUUGAACUGAAAUAUUAAAAGAGCACCAUUACACACAAUGUGAGCAAUAUUGGCAGAUGCAUAACGAUUGAGACCAUAUUGUGUGCAUAGAAGGAUUUAGAUGUGUGGGUCGUUUUUAUGAAGUAUUUGGAGAUUGGUAUUAUUUACCAUUCAGAACAGAAAUUAGGAUGUAGAAUAGAGAAUGCUGUAUCGCUUACUGGACAGAAGUUCAACUGUCCUAAAGUUGGGUCCUACACGACUCAUGUGGUCUUACAAUUAUAGAUGUGCUUGUUUACACCAGUGGAGGCUGGUGGUAGGCGCUAUAGGAGGAUGGGCUCAUUGUAAUGGCUGGAAUAGAAUUUAUAUUUGAGUCAUUUUAGAAGAUGCACUUAAACAGGUCGACUUAGAGGAGCAAUUAGGGUUAAGUGCCUUGCUCAAGGGCACAUCGACAGAUUAUUUUCACCUAGUCGGCUCAGGGAUUAGAACCAGCGACCUUUCGGUUACUGUCUUAACCGCUAAGCUACCUGCCGCCCGUUCAAUAGAAUGCUGUCAAACACGUUGUUUCCAUGUGUUUGGUACCAUUCCAUUCCCUCCAUUACAAUGAGCCCGUCCUCUUAUUGCUCCUCCCACCAAUGCAAACACAGUACACAAACAAAACGCCAAGAGUGUGCAAGUACACACCCUCCACCUUUUUCCCCCUCUUGAAACCGAGGUCUACUUAUAAUAGGAUUCCCACUCGGCCGUACUCUUUCCAGCCGAUCUCCUACAUUGACUUGCAGUCAGGCCUUUCUGGCGGGAGAGGAACACCUCCCCCAUGUAAUGUGGAUAUGGAGGAUGAUACCUGUCUAACAGGGUGUCCUACUCCAAGCCUGUGAACAGGCCGUGGGGGCACUGUAGACCAUUUACAUGCCCGUCGGGUUUAUGUACAUCUAUACAUGUGAACAUGAAUCAGUCGUUGCAGAAUAAAAAUGAACGAGUAGAACUCGAGAUCAGUCUUAAGGAAUUUAGUCCCACAGGGUAGAGUAUCUUAUCUGUGUAUCCCCAGUGUGAACCACAAUCUUGUCACGAUGUUGGCAACAACCCCUUGUGUAAUUCCCUCGUUUUUUUGUUGUUGUUGGAGCUUCCUCAGUUGAAUGUGAACGCAUUUCAAUCUCCCAUUUCUUAACAGUAGAAAAGCCUGACCCUUGAGGGACCCCACUUCAAGCCAAAAUGAGUCUUUGACUCCAACAUUCUAACAGUCUAAUAAAUUAAUUUCAUAUAUGAUAUUGGAAAAAUAAUAUUUUGCUUGUGUUUUUGAAGGUCUUAGAUAACAGAAUGCCAAAAAAAGUAUUGUUUCAAAGAACAAAAUAGCAUUUUCAUUAGUUUGUUACUGUAGGCUAUUUUGUUUUCUCAUGCUCAAGUGUAGAGCUCGUGGAACAGAGGUAAUUAUUGGAAAAGUGAUAUUUAGAAAUCAGUCUUACCUGCAUGUGACUCUGUAGGAGGAUUUGAAAAAGUCACUUGUUCGCUCCGCAAAAAAAUAUAUCCUCUUUUAAAACUGCUUAUAACACAAAAUGCUAACAUGCGUGUGUUAAAUAGACGUAUUUAGGAAAAGUCAGACUGAGGGAGGCAUGACUAAAAAUUAGUCAAAUUUAGUCAAAAUGACUCACUUGCCUCUUCUAGUGCUGUAACAGUGCAUUUUAAAGUGAAUCCCUUGUUAUGUUGUGUCUUGUCCUAUAAAUUCAGUUUAGCUGUGAGCAGAAAUACAGUAUACGUAUAAAAGCCCUAUAAGAAUUCUACAGGUUCUAUAAGCUAAGCAUUUUCAGGGUGUUCAGGCAGUUUAUCAGAUUUUUUUUUUUUUAACUGCCUGUACACUAUGUUUAUGUGCCUGUGUUGAUUAUGUCCACUGUGUACAAUGAGGUCUUGGUCUGGUUAUACCAGCAAGCUCGGGUGUGCUGCAGUAUGGAGAGAGGUUUACAACGACACAGAAAGAUGCACAGAAGAGCAGGGCGCACAUUUGCAUACACGUUGCCCGGGCCCUUCUCUUCCCUUGCCAAUCGAGUGCAGUGUCCCUUUGGUAUUACUUGAUGGCAGUGCUGCGGCGGUCGUCGCCCUUCGAGACAGACCGCCGGCGUGCAGCCCAAAGAUGCGUGUCCCUUGUGACCGCGUGCACUCAAGGCAGACGCCUGGACCUUUUGAUUUACGUUCAUUUAUAUUCAACUUACUUUUGAAAACACUUGCUUAAAAACACACAAAAACGCUUAAACUUUUGCAUCCUGUGAAGCUGUCAUGUGUUUGUAUCUAGCGGGAUGCAAUACUUAUUUAAUAGACACCCUGGUGCAAAGGUCAACUCUAUGAUGAUCAAAACACCCCAUGCGGUUGGUUGGUGCCACCCCUGUGAUGACGUAACACUGCCGAACAGGUGUGAGGGCCAGCGUUUGAUGCUGUGCCACGCUGAGGUCAUGUGGAUGACUGUUGAGUGUUCAGAGUGUUGUGCUUUGUCACUAAAGAACUCCCCUUUAUAAGAAAGGUGCCACAGCAAGGGGGAGGGCACUAGUCGGGGUGGUCCCUAUGGAGAUUUAUACUGUGCAGUGGUGCUUUUUUUGUGGCCAAGAGGGCAGAGUUACAAGCUAGGAACGUGCACUGAUAAUUUGACUAUUUGGAUCACGUUUUUUUUCUUCUGUGUCCAGCGCAAACAGGAGUGUGUUUACGUAGAAAAAUAUGCAUUGGACACUGCCAGCAAAACUUGGCUUAAGCUGAGAAAAGAAUUGGAGCCAAUGCAUAGAUCCCAAAGGUGCGCGCUGAAGUCACGCCUCUGGAUAGUGUCCCAUUACGCGGAUGAACUUGAGGGGAGGGCCAGCUCAACAUGCUCAGAGGAGGAGAAUGUGUUCACAGUGGGAUAAGUGCUUAGGGUGGUAGACUCACUUGAUCAGAUGAUGUUUUGUUGAUCAAGAAAAGCUGUUUUCGUUAGAUCUGGAGAUUUCCUGUCGUUGAUUCCCGCCCAAAUACACUGCUUCUCUGUUGUGCUUGACUCUUUCCUUUGACCGUGCGAUUCAUCUGUAUUCGGGACUAUUAAACACACGCAGGAACUGUUAUAUCACAUGGGAUUUUCAAUUUCCUUUUUCUCAUGUCUAGUUUUUUUGUCAUUAUUUUAUCUCUGACUCCAACAUACAUGUGGAAAUGAUUGACUGUUUUGGGGAAGGAAAGGCUUUUUUUUCAUUUAAUUUGGAAUCUGUUUCUGUUGUAUCAUGUCCGAGUAAAGGUUUUAAUACUGUA